AUGCCCAACGGAGGCUGUGGAUGCUGCGGUGGAAAUAACACCACCGUGUGCUGCUACAGCAGCCCAAAGUGCUGCAAGACACCAAUCUGCUGCCCACCCAUGCAGUGCUGCCAACCCACCACCUACUGCAUGCCCAUGCAGACCUGCUGCUACACCAUGAGCAAUAACGGAGGCUGCUGCGGCGGCUGCUGUGGCAACUAA